AUGGUUUAUUAUUCAUCAAAUAAUACUUUCAAAUGGUUAUCACCAUUCAAUUAUCAGAAUAAGUUAGCAACAUUAUGCACUCAGAGCAAUCGACAAAUAAUUAUGCAUCGUUCUGGAGUAUCUUUGCUUUAUCGUUUACUCCGAAAUGAUGCAUUAUGUUGGCCUGAAAUUGAGCGUUACGUGCCACCACGUCAUAUUGCGUUAGUAUGGUUCAUGAAGGCCUUACAAUAUUGUGACAUGAAUAAUGUCUUGAGCUGGCGGAAACCUAGAAUUCUGUAUAAUCGAACAUUUCAAAUAUUAAUUACACGAGCCGCCUUUGCUUUGGUAUGUCAGCAAGCUAAUGACAUAAACCUUUAUGGAUUGGUAGAAUAUGCAGAUUUAUUUAGAAUGCUUUUCGAAGAUAAUAAUACAGAUCGCAGCAUCAUUUGUCAACAAAUACAGAGCACAAACAAAGAUUUAUUUCAACGUUGUAUUGCAAACAAACCAGGUGAUAAGCUACUUAUUCUUAACAAGAUGUGUUCCGGACAUUCAAUGGUACGUUUGAUUAAGACAAGUACAUUUUUCCAGCGUUUUGCUAGAAAUUGCCAUACAUUGCAUGAUUUUUCCAUAAAUAUACUACCAAAAUAUUCAUCAUUUGGUGAAGCACUCUCCAAUGAUAUAUAUUUUAUGAAUUUAUUAAGUGGUUAUCUCACAUCAACAAUUAAUAGUGACAGUCGAUUGUUGGAAAUUGUUUUGAAGACACGCUUUCAUCUUCAACUUUUCAGCAUUACCGCUGUCAAAUUACAGCAUCAACUAGACAAAAUUAAUAUGUGUGUUAAACAACGAGAAAAGCAGGAACUCAUUUUGGAUAAUCGGGAAGACGACGAUAAUAGCAGCAUCAGUAACGAUAGGAAUGAUUUUGUUUAUGAUAAUGAUGAGAGUGAUAACAGCGAAUUCAAUCAUUCCUCAUGUGAAAUUGCUCAUUCAUAUACAAAUUUGCUCAUUCAUGAACGAACAAGUACAGAAAUUAG